AUGCCGCUCCUCCUGCUCCUCCUCCGUCGGGGUGCCCUCUUGCUCUGCCUGACCGUCCUGCGAGGGUUGUGCGCCCCGGCGGAGACGGAGCUGGUCACCCCCAUCCGCCUGGACCCGUCCCCGGAGGGCGGCCGGCCGUAUUUCCAUGGCCCCCCCGAGGGCACCCCUGUCGGGCAAGGAGCCACCUUCCAGAUCACGGCUUUCCACCAGGAUUUCUACCUGCACCUGCGCCCCGACGCCCAGUUCCUGGCGCCCGCCUUCGCCACGCAGUACCUGGGCAGCGCCCCGACGGCGGGGGCGGCCGAGCAGGAGGGAGACCUGCGCCGCUGCUUCUACUCCGGGGACGUCAAUGCGGACGCGGACUCUUUCGCGGCUCUGAGCCUCUGCGGAGGGCUGACUGGGGCUUUCGGCUACCGCGGCGCCGAGUACCUCAUCCGUCCCGUCGAGAACAGCGGCGGGAACCGGGCGCUGUGGAGCGGCCCCGGGGAGCACCUGCUGCAGCGCCGGAGCGCGCCAGGUCCCGCCGUCCCGACUUCCCGCUGCGGCGUCGGCUCGGGCUGGAACCCGGCCAUCCUGCAAGCCCUGGAGAAGUACAAGGGGGCCCCCGGGGCCCGACGGGGCCCCCGCAACGGGACGGGCCACACGCCGCAGCCUCCACCGCCCCGGGCCAAGCGCUUCGUCUCCAUCCCACGCUACGUGGAGACGCUGGUGGUGGCGGACGAGUCCAUGGCCAAGUUCCAUGGCGGCGACUUGCAGCACUACCUGCUGACCCUCAUGGCCACGGCGGCGCGCCUCUACCGGCACCCCAGCAUCCAGAACCCCAUCCAGCUGGCCGUGGUCAAGUUCCUGGUCAUCGGGCAGGACGACAAGGGGCCCAAGGUGACGAGCAACGCCGCCCUCAGCCUGCGCAACUUCUGCGCCUGGCAGAAGAAACUGAACAAGGGCAACGACAAGCACCCCGAGUACUGGGACACCGCCAUCCUCUUCACGAAGCAGGUGGGUGGGGGCGAUCUGACGGGGUGGGUUGACGGGUUGCCUCAUGGCUCCUCCGGCUCGUCCUCCAGGGCAGGAGGACCAGGAGGUGCUGCCAAGCGGGGUGGGUGCCUCUCGCCUCCACCCUAGUGGUCCCUGCAGGGGAGUCGAAUGGGUCUUUCGAGGGAAGAGACUUCGAGGUUGGACGGCAGCGCGGGUGAGGCCGAUUCCCCUCCUUGGCCAGCAGGAGGCGCUGUAACGAUGAUGGUUUUUACUAAUCCAACAUUCUCUGUGUGUAUGGUACGGGGUUCUGGUUUAUUGCAUCUGUAUCCGGCCUUUUCCUCCAAGGAGCUCAAGGUGGCGAGUGCGGUUCUCCCCUCCAUCAUUUAAUCCCCACAACCACCCUGCAGGGUAGGGUUGCUGUGAGGUGACUGGCCCAAGGUCAGGCACUGAGCUUCAUGACUUGUGUACGUGCGCAUGUGUAAAUGCGUGGUUGAAUCCUGAUCUGUCCCUGGUCCUACUCUGAAAUUGUAAUCUUCACAACGCCAUGAGGUAGGUUAGGCUGAGAGGCAGUGACUGGCUUACGGUCUCCCAGUGAGCUUCAUGUGCUGAGUGAGAAUUUGAACCCUGAUCUCCCAAGGUGCUGGCUUGACACACUAACCACUGCACCACUCUUGACUCCUCCUGAAGCCCCAUUAGUCCCCUUUCCCUUAGUCCAGUCUGGGGCCCUUCAGAUGUUGUCAGAUUACAGCUUUCAUCACCUCCUCACCCUUGGCCAUGCAGGGCAGGGGCCGAUAGGAGUUUUAGUCCAGUGUUUCUAGGGCAUCACGUUGAGGAAGGCUGCUGUGGCCUCAGUGACCUUCAGGCUACCACGUCCAGUACACACUUACUUAGGAAUAAGCCCCAUUUGUUUUCAACGGGUGGAGACUUCUUCCCAAAUUAAUUCAGGAUUAGGUUGCACCUGCCCCCUAUGAUCCAUGAGAAGGUGCCUGCCCAAACGAAAAGCAACAGUGCUUACUUGGCCAGUCACUUUCGGCUCUGCUGAUUUUUCCAGAGAAGUGCAGGGAACCAGGGAAGCUGCUUUGAUGUCGUUCUCCUUUGUUUAGCCCACUACACUGCUGCCUGCUUGGAUUGGCAGUGUCUUUUGUGGGUCCUUGGCAGGUCCAGCCCUGAUGUCUUAAGGAAGCUCCUAGUUAUGAUGCCUGCACUCUGCCUCCAGCGUUCAGGUUUCCCCAGAUAAGAAUCCCGCUGGCCACUGAACCAGAUGCUGGACUAGAUUGGCAUGUUCCCUGAGCAAGCAGGGCUCACUUUUUAUGUUCUGAUCUUUUUGCUGAAGCUGCCAGGGGGACGUGGGUUUGGGACCUUCUGCGUGGGAUGCAUGCAGUCCAGCCUUGCUCUCUGCCACCACCACCACCCCAAUUGCUUGGUUGUAGCUCAGAGGGGAGCACGUGGGUUGUGAGCUUGGCAUACAUGGAAUUCCUUUUGAACAGCAGCCCAGAAAGAAAUAAAAAAAGAGGGUAGAGAAAAAACACCCGUUGGCACAGUUUUUUUGCGAGGCCAGUAAAUGGGUCAAGAGAGAGACAUUCUUCAGGAAGAGUCAUUUGUGACAAGAAGCUGCCCUUUGCCAGUGGAGCAUCUCGCUGGGCGGGGCGGAGCCACGAUGCUCCUCCUCUCUCCUCCUUCUGUCUCUCCCUCCUUCUCUCCUUCCUGCCUCUGCCAACUGGGCCAGAGCUGCCAAUUACCCAAUGCAGUGUCUCGGUUUGCCUGCCAUGAUGUGGCUGAGAAAACCAUUGCAGGGUGCAUUUGUAGUUGCACCUUAAGAGUAAUUAAAAAAACUUCAAGAGUAAAAAGGCAAUUAAUAGAGGUGAUUGAGAAUAUAAGAAGAGCCUGCUGGAUCAGGCCAAUGGCCCAUCUAGUCCAGUAUCCUGUUCUCACAGUGGCUAAGCAGAUGCCCCUUAUGGAACACCUGUAAGCAAGAUUUGAGCACAAGAGCCCUGUGGUUUUCAGCAGCUGGUAUGCGGAAUCAUUGCUGCCUCCAACUGUGGAGGGAGAGCAUAGCCAUCUUGGCUCAUAGCCACUGAUAGCCCUCUCCUCCUCCAUGAAUUUAUCCAAUCCUCUUUUCAAGCCGUCCACAUUGGUGGUCCCCACUGCCUCCUGUGGGAGGGAGUUCCACAGUUUAAGUCUGCACUCCAUAAAGAAGUACUUUUUAAAAUCUGUCCUAAAUCUUCCAACGUUCAGCUUCAAAUCUUAUCAUUUUUUUUACAUAGUAGGAGAUACAAAAAUUGUAGGAAAACUUGCAGAGAAAGUGGAUAGAGAUGCAUCCACUCCCCCCCACCCUGACCCUUAGGGUGAUAAAAUGUAGAGCAGGGAUGGGGAACCUGGAAGUCCAAUUGCCCCUGGAGCAUCGGAAGUUCUGCUCCUGACUUGGGAUCACCCUCUGAAAUUAACUGGCAGCAGAUUCAGCAGACAGAAGAAAAAAAAUCUCUUUCCUUCUUCCCUGCAUAGUGAAUUCAUAGGUUUUCCUUGCACCACGAAAUGGUUAUGGCUGCUGACAUAAGUCCUGAUAGCUAAAUGGAGACCCUCCAUAUUCAGAGGCAGUCUACCUACAGCAUAGUUGUUGUUGUGGGAUGUGGUUGCAGUGGGAACCUUUGAUGCUGUUGGAUUCCAGCUUCUCUCCACCCAAGCUGACAUGACCUAUUGGUCUGGAAUGAUAGGAGCUGUAAUCCAAAAACAUAUUGAGGGCCAUAAACUCCUAUCUCUGCUGCAAGGGAAGUCCUAUGAAAAGGAAGUUAGGAUCAAUGGACUCUUGGUUUCAUCCAGCUCUUCUCAUGUUCUUGUUGGUCACACAGAGCCAGGGAUUUGCUUUGUUUUCUGAACUCCCCCCCCCAAAACAGCUGGGCAGAGCACCAAUCUCUUUCUGAAAUCUCUUGCAGAACCCUCUAUUGCAUGAGGUUUUGGAAACUUGAGACCAAUUGGGGUGUCUCCCCCACCACUAAUCUACUGUCUUUCCUUAGAAAUUGUUAACUCUCACUGCCUCAUGUGUGAAGUGGGAUUUAUUCCCCCAGAGUAAUUUUUCAUGUCAACAUCCGUUUACAGUGGACGUAAACAAGUUAAGUUUGUCUGGCUGCACGACUUUGCCCUUAAAUAAACAUUCCUGCGAUUUCCCUGCUUAAUUAGAAGGAUUUGCUACUUCCUUUCCUGCUGUUCCUUUUUUGUUUGGGGUGGUGUUUGUGAAAUCCAGUGGAGAGAGUAAAGCUAAGUCCUUAGUUUGUCAGUGGAAAUCUCACGGCAGUCAGGGUUGUCAGAUCAGUGGCGGCUGCUGUCCGUGGGGACUGGUGGGGUAGAAGUCCAGGAGCCCAACAGUAGGUGGCGCCAAAGCCAAUGGCAAACAGAGCAAAUUCAUUCUAGCUUGGUCCUUGUCCUCCUCCUUCCUGCUGAGUUAUACAAGGGCAACUCUGAGACAAUGGAGGAGGAAGAUGACAGGCAGUGCCACCCCCGGACAGGGUGUAAGUGGGAAGGCAGGCAGGUGGGGGCAGCCUAAGGUUGGCGGACAAUGCCCAAUUUGCCCUAAUGGACCAAUCUCUGCUGACUGGAAUCUAUUACUUAUUGCAUUUAUUUCUCACUUUGUUCUCCAGGGGGCUCAAGGUUCUCCCCAUCUUAAUUUAAUCCUCAAAACAACCCUGCGGGGUAGGUUAGGGUGAGAGGCAGGGACUGCCCCCUAGGGUCACCCAGUAAACUUUGUGGCUGAGUGGGGAUUUGAACCCAGUUCUCCACAAUGCUAGUCCAAAACUCUAACCACUACACUGGAACCCUGAUCUUCCAAUAUUUUAUAUCUCUCUCUGUGUGCGCGCGUACACACACACUCUCUCUCUAAACUUCCAAGGUUCUAGUUCCCAUUUCAUCUUCACAACAACCCUGUGAGGUAGGUCAGGCUGAGUGGCAAUGCCUGGCCCUCAAGGUCGCCCAGUGAGCUUUGUGACCAAGUGGGGAUUAGAUCCCUGGUCUCCGAGGUCCUAGUCGGGCACUCUUUCCGCUGCACCACACUGCCUCUCAUCCUGAAAUCUGGCUGGGCCUGUUCCUAGCUCCUCCCCUCUGUAGCCCCUGGGCUCCUGCAUCUCCAUGUUGAUGCUGACAGCCUGAGCAUCCUCUGCGAUUGCUCCUUGAUGCUGUGGGCUUCAUGCCCGACAGGAAUGCAACUGCUCCCUCUAGACCCGGUCGCUAAGCAGCCAUCAUCGCCUAAGAACGAGUGGUUUUUGCUUCCCUACACCUGGACGGGCUUCAGGCAGGUGAUUGACUUGGAAAUCUCCUCAAGGAAUCCCUUGUCAUCCUCGGGCUGAACCUUGGCUACACACACUGUUCUGAUCCAUGGCAGCCUUCCCAGUUUUGCUCGCAGGAAACAUUUGUAUGCAUCCAACUGGGAUUUCUCAUUUGACACGGCAGGAGCUUUGGCCAAACUUGUACCGGGAAAUGUUCUGACCGUUCUGUUUCCAUUUCUACCAUUUGCUUGUCGCCUUCCUCCUCCUCCUCCAGGGUUCUGUUGCCUAAGUGAAGGCUUCCUACUCUGUGCGGCCGGCUGCUGUGAUAGGCAAGAUUAAGGAGGUGCUUCUUGCCUUGGGUCUCAGGCAAAAAAUGCCUCACCAUCUUAACCCCAGAUAUAUGGCCAUAGUCUGGCCCUUGAAUUGCUGUUGGACAACAGCUCCCAUCAUUUCCAACAAUAGCUGUGAUUCCUCCAUUGCAAGGCAUUGGACUAGAUGACUCAAUGAUCACAGUGAUGCAAUGAAUAUAGGGAGGGCCACAUCUCUAUUUGCUGAUGGAGAAAGAUUAGAACAAACCUUUUGCUAGGAAUGAAAGGCAUCGUGAUUGUGUAUUUGUGUGUGUAAGGAACCAGCACAACACACAUGACCACUCAUGUGUGUGAAAUAUCUCAGAGACUACUCCAUCCCUCUUCAUCCCUUCCAUGACUACAGCCAAAUGACCACAGCUACCUGCAUGACUCACACCUAGACUUGGGUUGGUUUUUUUUGGAUAGGCACAGCCCCUCCAAAGCUUUGAGCCAUUCUGCAAACUUCCAUAGGCACUUCUGUUUGUGCAAAUCUCAGAGAAGGGGUCGAGGACAAGGGGGAUGGAGAAGCAGGCCCAGAGAUGUUUUGGGGUGGCCUGUUGCUUUUACUCAUGUCACAUGGCAGAGGCUGCAAUCAUUUGCACUCUCACCUGGAGAAGGGUCCCAUGCAAUUCAGUGGAACUUGUUUGAGAGGAGACAUUGGUGCGAUGGCAAAUUCUGAAGUGCGGGAAUGCAUUGUUAUGGCAACUCCUAUGGCAGGGAUGGGGAACCUCAGGCCUGGGUGCUAAAUGCGCCUCCACCCAGGUCUUUCUGUUUGGUCCCCAAGGAUCUCCCCUUUCGAAGCACAAAACGAGCCUGUUCUAUGGCAUCUUUGAGUGCUUUUGCCUGGUUGGAUUUGAACUGCGAUCCUACUCCUUGCUUGCCUGGAUGGAGGACAGGACAGGUGCAGGUGUGUCAAACCUCUGAUUUCUGCCUGGCUAGUAUGCAGCUUAUUGUAAAAAAGUAAGAGUCACAUCCAUUGCUCCUCCCAAUUUUGUAUCUGGCCCCUGCAUGUGUCACCCCUGCAGUAAAGCUAUAGGGACUGUGUGUUCCUUUAGUCCCUAGCCAGACCAAAGACAUACUCACAAGUUAAGACCAUCAUUCAUGGCAUUGACUGCAAUCCCGUGCAUCACUUUCUGGGAGUAAGCUGAGUUCCGUGGUACUUCUGACUGUAGAGGUUCAACUUGGAAAACACACUGAGCUUCAAGAACAAGUUUUUCUGCCAGCUGCAAUGGCAGCCUUUUCAAUUAGAAAUGCUAAUAUCUUGCAAAGACAUGUUGUGGAUGAUGACAACAACAAGGCUCCUAUCUGACUGGUGUGAAGCAGGUACCUCAUCCAAGAAAUGGAAGGAAGUACCUAGCCUUGAUUAUUUUUCUUGUUCUCUGACUUCCUCAAUGCUAACAUCCCACAAAUCCUGGAGGUGGGGGAAAUGGCAACCUUGAAACCUCAUUCAGUUGCUGGAGAAAAUAGAGUCAAUCAAUUCCUCUGGUGUUGCAGUGGAUGAUGUCAUUGCUCAUGCUUUGAAAAAGGUCCCCAAACUGUGCUCCCUCACAUCCUUCCUCUGCUGCACCACUGGGAGUAAACAUGUGUGGGAUUGGACUGUAAAACUCCUAGAAAGAGACGCAGACUUUGAGGCGGUGAGUGAACGUGGGACUCCGCCCUGUGACAAACCCUCCUUCCCUUGUCCCCUCAAUUCCUCCCAUGAUAUCAGGCUGGAACAAGCCAGGUUUGGCUGCUCCUUCUCUGCUGGUCUAUUGAGUUGGGACUGCAGGAGCCUCAGAUGGAAUGCAUUAGAGCAGGAUGUGGCUCAGGAGCAUGAGACCCUUGCCUUCUUGAAAACAAGACCUGGAACUUUUCCACCAACUUUGGAAGGAGGGAGCCAAGGCUUCCCCCAGCUGCUGCAUCCCAGCAGUGUGGCGACGGAAGUGAAUGUGACAAACGCGAUAUUAUUUGCUGGAUUGUCAAAAAGCUGCCAUUAUGGAAAAGGGGGAGAGAAAAGAACAGUUUCUGCAUGUUAGGAAUCCGAAAGAGUGAUUCAGCCUCGCAACUGCCAAGGGAACAGUAAAAAGAAAAAGGGGGGAGGGGAGAGGAAGAAAACAUAUUUUUAAUAGAUAAAGCAAGGUGUCUUAGAUUUUCAUUUUCCUCCCGAUUCUGUGGAAUUCUAUCCUGGAGCAGAUGAGUAACUCCCUUUCCCCUUUUCUUUUCAGGAUGAGGGUUUCCACUGAGUAGGUUCCAAAAUAAAACACUUUUUUGGAAUUGCAGGAAAUUGGGCUCCACGAGUUUGUAGCUAUUUAGGCAAUGUGAUGACUACAAGGCUUGGAUUUAGUGUUGACCUUCAGUUCAACCUGAGCUGCGUGUCCUGAUCCUUACAAACAUCAGAUGGAGAAGAUAAACGUGGGUGCAGAGUCAUGCGACUUCAGACUGAUGUGGGAGGGAGGCUGGAAGGAAACAUAGAAUCAUAGAAUAGAAUUUGUAGAGUUGGAAGGGGUGCCACUGGUCAUCUAGUCCACACCCUGCAAUGCAAGAUUUAUUUAAGCCAGACUUAAAUAAAACAAAAAUCAUUGCAUCCAGAAAACUAACAUGUCAGGGAGAAGGUGUGACUAGAACGCUUCCUCCCUUGAUAUCCGUUGCCGGGUUUUUUUGUGUUUUGUUUUUGCGGAAGCAGGAGCUUUCGGCUCUGUGAUUCUCUCCACCUCACACUGCAGACUACAAUGGUAGAAUCCAGAACCAUUUCUACUCUGUUGGGUUUGAGUUGUGUGCCAUUGAAUCCAAGGCCCUCCCACUGGGUCGGUUGUGAGCAAUGACAACAAAAGAGUAGGCGGCUUCUCCUCUUUGCAUCUGUGGAUUGUGUCCAAUGCUAGUCCUACUCAAGAGCAGGCCCUUUGAAAUGAAUGAGCCAUGUCUGCUAACUUCAGCAGGUCUCCUCUGAGAAUGAGGCAACCAAAUACCUUGCAUCUAUUGGGGAUGCUUCCCAGGAAUGGGGUUACAGUUUUUUGGAUCAGAACCUGCCUGAUUUAAGAUGAUGUAGAUUGUGUGCACACUGUCCCUUUAAAGCACAUCUGGAGCACAUUUUCUGCCUCAAAGAAUUCUGGGCACUGUAGUUUGAUAAGUGCUGUUGGGAACUGUAACACUGCAAGGGCAAACUACAGUGCCCAGGAUUCUUUGAAGGAAAGACUGUCCCUUGAAUGUGCCUUAAAGGUGUAGCUGGUACGCAGCUCACAAGUAUGAAAAAGGCAGCCUAUGGGGUUAUGUUUGGGGAGAGUUUGUGCUGCAGCGUUCCUGGGGCCUUGUCCCAUCUUCCGAAUAAUAGCCAGCUUGCAUUUUUUGCGCAUUACUGAGCCGCGCAUUCCUCAAACCCCAAUGUGAGGGUACUGGAUCAAUGGAGACAUCUGCCUUUCUUGAACUCCUCCAUCUGUGGUCUCUUGAUACCGCAAAAUGUAUCUGCCUGCCAAAAAGGCUGUUGCGUAAACCCCGAGCUCUUGUUUCAUUAAAAAAGGAGGGAGGGCGACAAGCUAAUUGAUAGGCAGUUUGCAGUGGCAGUCGACAAGUCCCGUGCAGAGCAGCUGGCGGGCGGGUUGGGGUAUUUGCUUUCUCAUUCUGGUAUCAGGAAGUUCUGGAAAAGGCAGGUUACUCAGUUCAGGAGUAGCACCAAACUUGAGAAUGGCUGCACUUCAGUAGCGGAACAUCUGUUUUGCAGGCGGAAGAUCUCUGGUUCAGUCUCUGGAAUCUCCAACUAGGACUGGGAGAGACAGCUUGUCUAAAAUCCUGGAGGCAGCUGCUGCCAGUCAGUGUAAACAGUGCAGAGCUAGAUGGACCAAUAGUUUGACUCAGGGUUAGGCAGCUUAUUACAUUACUGUGGAGGCAGCUGCAAUUGACUUUAUUCUCCAGUUGUUUCAUCCUGAUCUUCUAAGCAGGUAUGAAUUGGAAGUCUCCUUCUUUGGUGGUAAUGGUGUAGCCCAGCAGCUGCAACUCUGCCCCAUAGGAUGAGCCCUGUCGGAUCAGAACAGAGCCCAGCAUCCUGUUUCACACACUGCCCAACCAUGUGCCCAUGGGAAGCUCACAAGCAGGAUGUGAGCACAACAGUCCUCUCCUGCAGAAAUCUCCCAGAUCUCUCUGGGUGAUCUUAAGCCACCCUUUCAUACCUGCAGUUUGGGGAUAAUAAUACUGAGCCUACUUUACAGGAUGGGUGCUAGGAUUGCAGCAAGAUAAUGUUUGCAAAACACUCAGCUCACUCAAAGGAGGGCACCAAUCCAUAUGAUUCACUACUCUAAUUAGAAGGUGCUUGGUUGCAUGAUGAAACUUGGGAAAAUGCACCAACAGUGACUUUUAAAGUGAUAUUAGAAAGAUCCCCAUGUGCAGGACCUUGAAGGCACAUCAGAAUGCUGUCUUGGUGAGGUCCAGUUCUGUGGUUUGUUCUCUGUACAGAGGAGAACAGAGGAAAACACGGUGUAAAUGCAAUCAACAAUAUUUAGCAUUUAUAUAGAGCAGACACAUCCAUCUUCCAAGAGACUGUGAUCUACUGUGAUCUACUCACACUGGCAGUGAUCUACCCAUUGUAUUGAUCAAAGUUGUUGAGGUUUCUUUAGUGAGGGUCAGCUGGGAAACAAAGUUGUUGAGCUUUUUUUGGGGGGGGUCCCGCAAUAGUUGGACAGGCCAGAUAUAGAGGUAAAGGCACUUCAUAUACAUUAUCCCAGGACUCCUCCUAGCUUGGGAUGCCUGAGGAACUCAGCAUUCAUAAAUUCUGAUUGACCUGAUUUACAUCUUCAAAUGGGCAGGUCGAUACGGAAAUGGGAUGGGGAAAACCUAUGAAUGAACAUGUGCAAAACAGACGUGGUCAGGAAAUAGAGUGAUCUGCCCAUCUCUCUGCCUGUGAGGCAGGCCAGUCUUAUUCUUUCCAUACUGCAAAUGUGAGCAGGGCAGGGAGUGGUCUGGCUGAAAAUAGCAGCUGACUUAAAGCUACUAUAGGCACCUUCUGUCAUAGCACUACACAAUUCACUUACAAUUUGUUUACAGAAAGGCACCUUUCCUGUAAAAAAAAAAAAGAGGCUUUCCUUUAACCUCUUACUAUCCAUCAGCGACCUCAAGCGAUGCUACUAGACCGGAUCCAGGGCCUGUCCUCAUAAGCUGCAUGCUAGGUCAAUGAGGGUCGUAUGAUCUCCAAGGAAAAAUGACUUUGGGUGACCUGGGGCGGGGCAAAGGGGCAUUAAAGGAGGGCCUGUUAAAAUCUCCUUGUUAAUCUCUGCUUGCAACCAGGAGGCAAGGCUCACUAGAGAAAGUGGGUCAGUAUGUCAGUGCAAGUCUUAGGCAAAAAGCCAAGAGAUCCUUUCAGCUUGCAAGGCAAGGAGAACUAAAAUGAAGAAAAAAGGAAUGAGUAAGGCAAAAGAAACAACCAAGUCCCAUUUUUUGGUCAGAGGCAAUAAUGCUUCUGAAUACCAGUUGAUGAAGCCACAGGAAAGGGAGGCGCUCUUGUGUUUGGGUGUCCUGAAUGAGGGCUUCCCCAUUGGGGCACCUGAGAACAGGAUGCCUCUCUAGAUGGGCCACUGUCAGCGGAGCUCUUCUGCUGUUCCCAUAAAGCAGCAUUUCUCCCUCUCCAAUUAACCAAGGUACAACUUGUAGACCGUACUUUCUGAAGCUAGAAGCUAUUCAGGAACUAAAGACCCACCAUGCUCUGCUUCCUCUGGACGUUUGGACAAGGAGCAGGGGCAAGCUAGGAUUGUGUCCCCAGUUGGCAUCUUUUCCUCAACAGAUGCCACUGGACUCCAGCCCCCACCAGCCCCAAGCAACAUAGCCAAUGGCCAGGGGUGAUGGGAGUUAUCAUCCCACAGCACCUGUGGGUCCACAGCUCCACCAGCCCUGGCUUCAUUGUUGUGGGCUGCAUUUCUCCAACACAAGAAGAGGUGUGGAAGAGUAUAUGCAGAAAACCUUUCUGGAGAUUGGUGAGAAUCUGCAUAGACUUUGCAGGGAAGAUCUGUGAGCAUUAAGAUCUACCUUCCUGGAUCAGAGCAAGGGGGUCCAGCUAGCUUUUCCUUACGUUCUCAGCUGAAGCUAUCCAUAUGCCUUUGAGAAGGCCACAAGCAGGACAUGAUGCUUGAGACAGCCAACCCCAACCUUUCUGGGUCCUGCUUACAAACCUAUUUAUACAUUCAGCAUAAUGAGGUGGCCACAUCAGCCUGAGAGAGGGGGUGAAUGACAUGUUUAAAAUGCCCCCCUUUAUAGAAAAGUGACAAGCAAACAAGCCCAAACUCCCUGCACUUAGAAAGCUAACACUUACAGAAGGAAGCUUCUACCCUGGUCCUUUCUCUUGUGUGCUAGAUUUCUGCAUGCAAAGACACCUUUUUGUUUUAAAAAUGGGGUGAUAUUUGCAUUGCAAUCUUAUGCAUGUUUACUCAGCAGUGACUCCCACUGUGGUCAGUGGGGCUUACUCCUAGGUAAGUGUGCCUUAUAACCCAAAGCAAGCAAUCCUACACCAAUAAUCCCUAAAGAAUGUUGUCGCGUACAUUUUUUCUGAAACGUAAAGAUUAACUUUCAAUCUGAAUCUGGUGGCUAAGUUAUUUUGCAGGGUUUGGAGUUUCUCUGGCAAGGCAUGUUGUAUUUCAGAGUGGGAGUAAAUGGUGAAAGCGACUAGAGGAUGAACAGAGAGCGCAACGCAGCUGGAUACCAUGAGGGAGGAACGGCUAGCCUGCUAGCCACGCAGGGCACAGGUCCAGUGACCCUGAACUUGGAGCCUCUCACAGGAAGUUACUGUGUGUUCUCAGAUGUUAUCUUUGCAUGUUCAACGGCUUGAACAUUGUCCUUAAACUAACAAAAUCUCAAAAGCUUAGAUUCUUCAGCGUGAGAUUCCAAAAUAACCACAAACAACCAUGCUUUUAAGCAGUAUGUUAGGGGUGGGGGAAUAUCUGUGGUUCUCCAGAUGUUGCAGAACUACAACUCCCACCAUUUCUGACAAUUGGCUAUGCCAGCCAGGGCUGAUGGGAGCUGAAGUCCAACAACACUCCUCACUCUGCAAGGGGAUGUAUUCAGCAUGAUGGCCUUGGCUGUGAACCUUCUGUGGAGUUGGCAGGUUGACUUGGAAAUUAUAUUAACAUGGGUCAUUGCAAAGUGUGAUCAACAGAGCUGUCUUGUGAGCUGAGAGUUUAUUCCCACCCACCCAUGUUCCUCUUCUGCUAGCUGCCACCCUGCCUGAAUCGUUCCAGAAAAUGGGCGCAGAUGGGUGCUGACCAAGGAAUUUGGUAGAUUCUCAUCUUGAUCUCCUCAGAAUCAGGACACGACAAUCCUGCUGAUGGAUGAGCUUAGCUUCCUCCUGAAGUCCAUCUAUCACAGUGAGAUGAAUGUGAUUCCCAUCCCCUGUGGCUGCAGGAAAACAGCCCCUGGGGAACUCCCCCCCUCCAAUCUCUUGCUUCAAAAUGCCUGUCAGAGCUCCUUAGUGCAAGCCUGUAAGUGGCCUGUCAUCAAGAUGCAAUUGAUACUCCUCAUACUCUGCAAAGAUGUGCCAGCUGGGGUCUUGCCUCACCUUGACCUCAUGUGAUCCCUUUUAGCCCCUGGGGGUGGAUCUACACACAGGAAAAAAUGCUAUAAAUAAGCCAGAAAUUAAAUCAAGGUAACAAAAGAAAAAAGAAGCGCUAUGGAAAAUUGCUUAGAAAUUUCUUUUUGCUCUCUGGCGCCAUCUGGUGUUGCAUGUUUAUAAUGCAUUCAAAACGCUGUUUCUUGACUAAUGUAGCUGAGUCCUGGGACUCAGCAGAAAAAGCCCUGGGGCUCCAUUGUGCCUUGAGGGGUACCAGGGCCACAUUCACACCAUACAUUGAAACCACUGCAAUUUCACUUUAAGCAGUUAUGGCUCCACCGCAAAUAAUUCUGGGAGCUGUGAUUUGUUAAGGGUGCUGAGAGUUGUUACGGAGAUUCCCCGUUUCCCUUCCCUGAGCUGCAAUUCGCACAGUUCCCUGGGAAAAGGGCUUGAUUGUGAAACCACUUUGGGAAUUAGAGCUCUCCAAGAGGAAUAAAAGGGUAAAGGGUAAAGGGACCCCUGACCAUUAGGUCCAGUCGUGGCCGACUCUGUGGUUGCGGUGCUCAUCUUGCUUUAUUCGCCGAGGGAGCCGGCAUACAGCUUCCGGGUCAUGUGGCCAGCAUGACUAAGCUGCUUCUGGCGAACCAUAGCAGCGCAUGGAAACACCGUUUACCUUCCCACCGGAGCGGUACCUAUUGAUCUACUUGCACUCAGACGUGCUUUCGAACUACUAGGUUGGCAGGAGCAGGAACCGAGUAAUGGGAGCUCACGCCGUCAUGGGGAUUUGAACCGCUGACCUUCUGAUUGGCAAGCCCUAGGCUCUGUGGUUUAACCCACAGCGCCACCCGCAUCCCACCAAGAGGAAUAGGAGUCUCCUAACAACUCUCAGGACCCUUGAACUACAGCUCCCAGGAUUCCUUGGGGGAGGGCACUCUGACUGUUCAGGGUGGGAGCAUCAUGCUUUGGCUGCAUGGUGUGGAUGUGGCCUUUAAAGCCAGCCCUGCAGUCAUCUUGAGGCUCUUACUGGGGCAAGAAAUAUCGUGUCCCUCUCUUGCAUAAGGGCCAAAAGUUACAUGUAGUGGCUCUAGACCCACCAGUGAGCUGCAUUACCAGAUUGCUGUUAAGGACCAGUGAUUGCCUAACAGGAGAGAGAGUUUUUGGCUCAUUGCUCUCCAUUCACUUUCCCUUAUUCCUUUCUUUUAUUUUUUUGGUUAAAGCCAGUGCCAGAUUAUCUGCUCCGUUGACCAUCAUCUGCCACAGAGAGGAGCGUGAGCUGGCUAGGGAGAGGCAGUUUGCGCAGACACAAUGGAAAGCUCUCUCUGGGUCACAAUGACGAAGGGCUUCUCUGGUUAGCAUCCAGCAUGGAGAGGAAUCUUGGCUACCUUGGCAGAAGCAAAUUCCAGAGGGAGAGGGAGUGUCUUAUGGCACCCUUAAGAUAAACAGCUGUAUUGUUUGUGCACUAGUAUCCCAGUGGAUGCUAAUCAUUUGGGCGAAUGGGGGCACCAUCCCACCAGCCGCAGUCCAGGGCGCUAGCAUGGGCUGUAAUAAGUAAAGUAAGUAAGUAAAUAAAUUAUACCCCACCCAUCUGGCUGGGUUUCCCCAGCCACUCUCGGUGGCUCCCAAAGCAGGAUAAAAGAUCAAACAUUAAAAACUUCCCUAAACAGGGCUACCUUCAGAUGUCUUCUAAAAGUCAGGUGUUGUUUAUUUCCUUGACAUCUGAUGGGAGGGUGUUCCACAGGUCAGGCGCCACUACCGAGAAGGCCCUCUGCCUGGUUCCAUCUUCUUCCACCUGGUCAGGCAUCCCCAACCUGCUGCCCUCCAGAUGUUUUGGCCUACAACUCCCAUCAUCCCUAGCUAACAGGACCAGUGGUCAGGGAUGAUGGGAAUUGUAGUCCAAAACAUCUGGAGGGCCUGGAGAUGCCUGGUUUUGGUGUUGCCCUUGUAGAUCUCAGCAAGUCAGAGGAUAGGAAUGAAGCUCUAAUUCAGGUAUAGGCAAACUCAGCCCUCCAGAUGUUUUGGGACUACAACUCCCAUCAUCCCUGACCACUGGUCCUGUUAGCUAGGGAUGAUGGGAGUUGUAGUCCCAAAACAUCUGGAGGACCGAGUUUGCCUAUGCCUGCUCUGAUUAGUUGGCCCUACCUGUCAUUGGCUCUGGCGCCACCUACUGUUGAGCUCCCUGCUUUCCCACCCAACCAUUCCCCACGAGCAUUAGUUAGCCCACUGGUAUCCCAUCUCUUCCAGUCCUGAUUCUUUUGUGUAAUAUUUAUGACUUAUCACGGCCGGCUCCUGGUGGCUCACAUCCCGAGCAUCUUCAUCCUGGAUUCCUUCAGCUGUCGGCGAGAUUGCAGAAGACGAUAGCGUUGAAAUACGAUGCAUCUUCCCCAAAGGUUGAAGAAUGCCCAUGUGUGAAUUCCAUGCAGCCAUUUAUCUUCCUCCUCUCUCUCCCCACCCCACUCUCUUGUGUGGGAGCACUUCAAAGGGAAAUGAUCCACACAGGAAAGGAGGAGGCUGCAUUUGCCUCUGAGAAGGAGAAGCACACGCAGGGACCUGAGUGGGAUUGGAUGACUCAGGAUGCAAGCCCAGUCCUGGAGGUCAGCCACCUCUGUGAUGUUUGGAAAGGAAUGCUCUCCUGGCGGGAUCAUCCCGUCAGCUGACUGUGCGCUGCUGGGGCAGAGGCAUGGCGCUGAUUCUCAGGGCGUUCCGGACUUGACAGAAGAAAGGCCCUCUUCACAAAUAGGCAAAAUCGCCAAAAGACGUGGCGAUGUAGAGUUAGGUCACCUGUUUUCAGAAAACGAAAACAAAACUGCCAGUAUCAUUAUGACAAAUCUGUGCUGCGGCCACAUUUGGAAUACAGAGUAGUGUUCUGGUUGUCUCACCUCAAAAAGGAUGCGAUAGAGUUGAAAAAGGGCAACCGAAAUGAUGAUUAGAGGAAAGUUUUUUCCUCCUCUCGUAACACAGGGACUCAGUGAAUGUUGGAAGGUUCGGGACAGACAAAAGAAAGGCCUUCUUCAGGCAGCACUGAGUUAAACUUGCUCUCUCGGGAGACAGGGAUGGCCAACAAGCUAGAUCAGGCAUAGGCAAACUCGGCCCUCCAUAUAUUUUGGGACUACAACUCCCAUGAUCCCUAGCUAACAGGACCAGUGGUCAGGGAUGAUGGGAGUUGUAGUCCCAGAACACCUGGAGGGCCGAGUUUGCUUAUCCCUGACCUAGAAGGCUAGACAAAUUUGUAGAGGAGAAGGAUUAUCAGUGCUACUUGCCAUGGCGGCCACUGAUGGAGGCAGCACUGCUUCUGAAUGCCAGUGGCUGGAAACCACAGAAGGGUUUGGGCCUCAGGUUUUGCUUGUGAGCAAUUGGUCAGCCACUGUGAGAAUAGGAUGCUGGACCGGAUGGGCCAUUGGCCUGAUGCAGCAAGGUUUUUCUUUCAUUCCCCCCCUUUCCACAAUCCAAACUGAUCACAAGAGGAGGUGGGACCCAUGCCCUUGGUGUAACCCCAAGAGGAUAUGCUAUGCUGCGUUUGGGUAAGGUGUUAGUAAGGUGUUCUCCACCCUGCCAUAACCUGCUGCACUCUGCACCCUCUCCUUCGGGCUCCACACUGUGAUCGCGGAACAUGACAGCACGCGUUCCCAUUGUUGUUUUAGUUUAACGUUGUUCCUGAGUGCAUGCCUUGAAUCUGUUCGCUCUGCUCUUGCAACCGGAGGAUAUGGAAGCAAUUUGUAAGAACGCUCAUGCCGGCACUGCCCUAACUGAAGCUCACACGCUGGCCUCGGCAGGCAACAUCUGCAAGCCAUGAUGUCAGCCCUGGCUCCUGACAGCAGCAAGGGGGCUUAUCGCUUAAGAUGAGGAUGUGGCAGAAAUCCCCCACCGUGCCUCUGACGCUGGAGGCUGAUGCUCUUGUCUUUUCCAGCUGGGCAGGUCAUGGCCUGGAGCUUUCAUGCUUGCGAGAUGAGAGGACGAGAGCUGCAAGGAAGUAGCUAACCUCCAGGCUUGCAGCCGGGGAGCCGAAACCCUUUCCUCUUUGCUUGCCCUUUGCCGAUCGAGAGAGCAUCUCUCGCACACAUGUGCGCACCACGGAGGCCUUUUUUCGCCUGCUUCCUUGGCUGCAAAGAAAGCUGGAAAGUCUAUCAGCAGCACCUUGUCAAGAGCAGGAGGGACGGCCUCCUCUAUUGUGGAAGGAGCGCUUCCAAGCUUUGAAAGCAAAACCGUCUUGCUUCCCUUUUUGGCCCUGGGGGUUUUCCAUCCCUUGUCCAGUUCUUCUGAUGCUUUUUGAGACCUAUCUCCUGCUUCCACGCCUUGAUGCCCAUAAUCCUUCCUGCCCUGCUCUUGUGCUACAGAACAGGGGUGCCAACUUGAAUAAAAUAUUGGGGGGGGGGAGGUAAGCCCCACCUUGCAUAAUUGAUCACAAGAUACAGCAUGCACACACCCUUUGAAUGGGCAAUGCCCAUCAAUUUUGGGAGGCCCCAGCAACUUCAAAUAUUUUAUUUGGGGGCCUGAAGGAACCUUGGCCCCUAAGACUUGGCUCCUAUGCUACAGAAGGUAGCCAGGUCCAGCCGCUGAGAGCCCCAUUUUCCAGCUGCUCCACAGGUACAAGGGAUUCUCAGAAUGGCAGGUUGACUAACCUGAGCUGCUCCACAAGGCAUACACCCAGGUUUGGAUUUUAAAGUGUGAAUGUGACAUGCAGGGGUUAGCAAUCGCAGGUGUCCUCCGUGGCUUGGCGUGCCUUUUCCCAGCUUGUCUGGUUCACCAACAAUGGCUGUUCCUGGACAGGGAUAGCCUGACUGCUGUAGUCAGGGUCAGAUCUAUUAUGAAAUUAAUAAGCUUAAGAUUUGGGGCUCCUAAUCCCCAGACUUUAGUCCACAUUGCUUUAAUUUUUUUUGCAUCUAGUAGACCAAAUUUGAAUCACACAACUCAAAUUGAUUACUUUUCCCCUGUAUCUAUUUCAACAAUCCCAAAGUUUGAGAGUCGGUUGGCUCAGGGAUAUUAUUUUUCUACUCACAAUAAUUAGCUGAUAGAGGAAGUUAAGAUGGGAGGUGCUGUAGAAUUUCACCUGGAUUGCAUUUUAAAGUGAACUGGUCUAAUUUUACUUCCCAGACUAAUAUGUGGAUUGGAAUGCAGUUAUCCUGCAGACAGAGCAUUUCUCAGAAUUUUGCAAAAAUGCGUAAAUGAUUGUGCUUUAUGGGGGGGGGGACACACAUGCAGAAAUGUAUAUACUUGGAGGAAAGGCAUACCACUUAAAUGCAGACUUUGUGUUUUAAAAGCAAUGGCGGAAAACACGAGAGAAUGGGCAUUUGAGUCAACGUGUGUGAGAACGACACAGACCCAAAAUAGACUGAUCCUCCCAUCCCUAGUUAUGACUCUUAUUGGCAAAACAUUUCCCUUCUAUGGAUGCAGAGCUUUGGUAUGGUCAGUUGAACCUACCAUUGAUCCCCAUGCCUGUGAUCAGCUUCAGAGACCCUGCUGUCUCGCUUGUUGCUAUUAUUAGUUAGUAUAAACUUGGCAGCGGCAAGGCCUGUUUAGUGGUGUCUCCACAGCUGUGGAACUCCCUUCCCAAUGGACUCCCUCUUUUCACCUUCUCUAGACAUGCACUGAAGGUCUCUGUGUUCCACAAGGCUUUCUGUGUGCAAGGCUUCUUGACUGUAUGUUGAUUCAGUUUUUAGGUUCUUCUGCUGAAAUGCUUGACGACAUACCUUUUCGUUCUUUGCUGUUGUUUUUAUUUCAUGCAACUGUGGAGUUAGAAGCGACUCAAAGGGUCGUCUAGUCCAACCCGCAGUGAUGCACAAAUCGCAACUAUUUGUCCUGUUGUAAACUGCCUUGGAAAGAUUGUAUCUUGAAUAAAAGAGAUAAAUUGUUGUUGCCUUGAAAGUGCAUGUUCUGGGCCAAACUCAACCCAAGCAAAGUUUCUCUUUUGUAACCACCUUGGCUUCAGCAGCCAACAACCCGGGUACCUUUCUUGCCAUGAGAUUAAAGAGCAUCCUUUUGUUCUUGGCAGGAUUUGUGUGGUGCUACAACCUGCGACACCUUGGGCAUGGCAGAUGUCGGCACCAUGUGUGACCCCAAACGUAGCUGCUCUGUCAUUGAGGACGAUGGUCUCCCCUCUGCUUUUACUACAGCUCACGAGCUAGGUAAGUAGUAGCUUUGGCAAAGUACGAGAUUUGGUCUGAAAAUGCAUUCAACAUCAUUUACUUAUUGCCAUUUCUUAUAUGAUAUGAUAUAAUUAUACUAUUGACCCCACAUCUUCUGCCAAAAGGGUUCCUAGGGCAGCUUGCAGUUCAAUAGAAACAAGCAAACAAGAUAACUCAUGAACUUAGGCUUUCUAUCUAAAAGACACAACACACAUGGAAAAAGGGAGGAGGGCAGAGGAAGAAGAAAGCAAACUCAGGUGCCAGGAAGGGGGCACAUGCGUAAACAUGCUCAGAGCUGGGAUCCCCCAGAAUAUUGCUAUCAAUCCAGCGCCACAGAAAAGCGUAGCAUCUUUUGCUGCCUGAGCUAUUGCAUCUGUCUGGUUUUGCCGGCUCUCCUUCAAAUGUUCGCCAGACCGUUCUUGGCUCGAAGCCUCCAUUCAUCAUCCUGUGGCUUAGGAAGUGGCCACUUAAACCAAAGCCACAGCAAAGAGGCAGAGCCCCUGUCUGUGGUUUCCACCUGGGAAGCAGAUUUAGACCAGGGGGAAGUGGAGACACAGGAUUGGACCCAUUUAUGUAUAUAUAUAUGUGUGUGUGUGUGUGUGCGCGUGUGCAUGUGUGCACGUGUAUGCAUGGAGAGAGAGAGAGAGACAGUCAGAGUCAGUCUUAAUCCAUAAUUUGGAGAUGAGCCUGAUUUUAAAACAAAAAACUAUGACUACUUUGCUCAGGAAGUUUAGACAAUAGCAAAGCUUCCAGAAUAGCUUUCUUGGGAAACUCCACAUGUGUGUGUGUGAGAGAAAAAGAAAGCGAGUGAGACUGCAGCCUUGUUCCCUGUGUGUGUGUCAGAGAGAGAGAGAGAGAGAAACGCCAAAUUUAUUCCCAAAGGGGCAGGGAGGUUUGAGUUAAACUGUUGGGAAAGCAGCUGUUGGGAAGACAAGGGAGCCCAAGCCACAAAUUCGCCUGCUCUGGCUUGGUCACUACCUCGUUUCCCAGGCUUUAGAAAUCCUGAAAUAACAUGUCAUGGCCAGGACACAUUCGACACACACCUAGAUCCGGAGAAGUGGAAUGCCAGAUUGUCAACAGGAUUCGUAGCCAAAUUGCUAGACUCUCAUUUGGAUAACAGGAAAAGGCUCUGCUUUUUUGUUACUUUUUUUUAAUUAGUGCCACAACAAAUUCUGCAUCCGCAAUUUUGAUUUGGACUCCGUUGUACAGCCAGAAAUGGAACUGCCAGGAAUCAGAUUUCCCUGGUGGGAAUGGGCUGGUUCACACACGUUCAGCUGUGCAAAUGAGCAGCCCCCGGUUCAGGUUGCCUCCCAGCCGUGGGUUGUAUCAAAGUUUAUAAAAUUAUGUAUGGUUUAGAGCAGGGAUUUGGAUGUGGGCCCUCCAGGCUUCUCCACCUGGUCUUGGGACUGUCUCUGAGCCACACCCAGAGAAGGACCAUUGGCCCGACCCACAGGCUCUUCUUGUGUUCUUAACAGCACCUGGCUGGUGAUAACGCCUCUUUGUUGCCUCGAUGGAGGAUGGAGAGACAUGUCUGAGGAUCAGGAGCGGCUGGCAUGAUGCCGUGACAGAGCCAGCCUCCCUGAAGCAGCAGCUCUAAAACUCACCAGGAUGGGGUGGGGCAGGGUGGCAGUCAGGAUGGAGUGGCACACUUUGUUGCCUGGAUCUCACCACCCUGCCCUGUUCUGGUAAGUGGAAGUGAUGCUUCUGCUGGAAGCCUGGAUGCAUAAAGCCACAUUGCCUGACUGUUUGCUCUAUAGAAACCUUGGUCUCUUGUGCAUACUGGAGCAUAUUGUACAAAGGGGAAAAGCCACAUCUAUUGCCCUGCCCACUUUUGUCUCUGGACACCAUGGGCAAAAGAAGAGCCUGGGAUGGAUCAGGCCAAUGACCCAUCUAUAAUAGCAUCCUGUUUCUCACAGUGGCCAACCAGAUGCCAUAAAGGGAAACCCCCAAGCAGGACCUGAGCACAAGAGAACUCUCCUCUCCUGUGGUUUCCAGCAGCCAGUACGCAGAAGCAUUGCUCUCCAACUGUAGUGGCAGGGCAGAGCCAUAGUGGCUAGUAAUCAUCAAAAGCUCUCUCCUGCUCCAUUAAUUUGUCCAUUUCUCUCUUAAAUCUACCCAGGUUGGUAGUCAUCCAAGGGCAUGUGUUCCUUGGAAGCUUCCCCAUGAGGGGUUGUGACCCUCAGGCUGAAAAAGGGUUCCCUAUCUCUAGUGUGGAGGACCGAGAGGCAGUUUUCCUCCCUCUCUUAGAAUGCUAGAACUGGGAGUCACCUAAUAAAGCUGAACAGCAGGAGAUGCAGAAGCAGGCAAAAGGAAGUUCAUCUUCCCACUACAGUGCAUAACUCAUUUGUGGAAUCUGCUGCCCACAAGGUUGUGGGUGGUGAUGCCCAGUUGUCUGGGUGGCUUAAAAGAGGGAUUAGGGAGGAAAAUCAUGGAGGGAAAGCCUGCCAAUGGCUGCUUGCCAUGAUGUCAAUAUGCAAUCCUCCCAGAUCAGAGGCCACAGAUUAUCAGUCGCUGGGGAGCAACAGCAGGCAGUGGCAUAGUGAGGAGGGCACAAGAGCAGUUGCACCAGGCACAAAAUUCUUAGGGGUGCACAAUUUCAACAGCUGGGGCUGCCUCAAUACAGCUGUGCACUUCAAGAGCUCUGUUGAAAACCAGUGAACCAGCAAGUGACCUCCCCAGACGACAGAAUUACUCUUCUUUUCUUAUCUCUGGCUGCAAUCUCCUGGGUGAUGUGCAGUUGAAUGCACAUGCGUGCUCUGUUUUGUUCCCUGCCACCCACCCCUGCCAUGCCCCUGGCACUGGCAACCUGUGUUAUGCCACUGACAACAGGAAGGGGCUAUUGCCUUCAGGCCCUGCUCAUGGUGCUCCCAAAACCAUCAAUUCACCUACUGCAGAAAACAGGAUGCUGGUCCAGUAAGGCACAGGAAUCUGCCUUAUACUGAGUCAGACUAUUGGUCCAUCUAGCUUAGUAUUGCAAGCAGCUCUUCAAGCAGGGGAGUCUCUCCCACCUUUACCUGGAGGUGCCAUUGAGGACCAAACCUGGAACCUUAAGCAUGCCUAGCAGAUGCUCUGCCACUGAGUUCUGGCCCUUCCCCAUGAAUGUAUUUGUAUGUUUAACACAGAUGCCCAGGGAUGCAGGUGCCUGCAGGAUGAAUCAAAUCUUCACAUUGCAAGUUUGCUGCCUGGUUUUAAUGUUAAGGUUUUGGCAAGUGUCAGAUUUAGAGGGGUUUGUGGGUUGUUUUUUUUAAACAAAACAAAACACGUAGCCCUGAUUUUAACAGCUUUCCCAAUCAUAGGAGGCAUCUGCUUUCAGACGUCCAGGGGAAAUGGGCAGUUGUGGCAGGACCUUCCUCUCCGGGUAGCUGGGGAGUUGGAAGGAGGAAAUCAUUUCUUGUCUCCCCCUCUCCUCCCUCGGAUUCUCAGGUUUCCUCCUCCUGCCUUCUGCAAGGGCGAGUGUCCACACACAAAGCAGAUGGUGUGAACCUUGGCCAGGAUGUGGCUGGCUUGCAGGCUCGACCCUGGCAGGGUUACAUGCAUCUGGUGUAGCUUUCCCCUUGCCUUUGGGGGGCAAUCUGAUUAGAAUGCGAGAAGCGAGAAACAACGCAGAGCCAGGAAGCGGAUCCAACGGAGCAAAGGCUUUGCUUGCAGGCUUUUGCAGAGAGCCGGGAGUCCCAGGAGCGACCGAGAUGCCUCUUUUAUGCAUUAUGCAGGGAGGGUGACGGAAGAAGCGAAGACACCACUUGUGACCCACCAGGCCAAGCCACAGUCUACCAGCUGUGUGUUCGGGGGCCUGCCAAGCCAUUGGCGCUGCUCUUCAGACUGUUUUCUGCUAGCCCACGCAUCCAGGACAAAGAGGAGAGGUUUAUCAAGCCCCUCGUGGGCCGCAGUACGCUGUUGAUGAGCUGUGUUUGACCAGACAUUGUGCAGGCAUCCGCCGCAAGAUGCAAGUCAAAAGGGGAUGUGCAAUGAGCAUCCCGGACAGGCUUGGGGAAAUCUGAUCUGGGGUGUGUGAUGGGAAGCGUCAAGGAACGUCAAUGAACACCUGAAGCUGCCUUGUUCUGAAUGUUGUAUUAGCCUAGUAUUGUUUACUAUGAUGGGCAGUGGCUUUCUGGCAUCUCUCGUGUCUAAGGAUCAUAGCUCAAUGGUACAGCAACAGUCUUGCAUGCAGAAGGUGCCAGGGGCAAUUUCCAGUAGGGUUGGCAGAGACCCCUGCAUGAAAUUUUAAGGAUGUGUAAUAUGUGGCUACACGGCUACACCCUCCCGCUGUCAGGGCACAGUGAGAGUGGCUCUCAGAGUCCUCUCUAGCAGACUUACAGGAAAACUCUGAGGUUCAGCUCCUAUCAUGUGCCUAUCUAGCAAACAUGCAUUGUUGGUUUGACUGCAGUGUAAAUAUCCCACAGUGUAGACUACUGUAGUCUAAUUGUGCUCAACCUUUGCAGACCCAGGACCCACCUUUUGCCCAUACAUGUGUUUGGGGACCCACUUCUUAAUUCCUUACAGUCUGUCUUUAUGGUUAUAGGGCUGCUGUUGUGACCCACCUUUGGUCAGGCUGGAGAGAAAUUGGAUUCAGUUCCAAGCGAAAGAUGACCCUCCCUGAUCUGCUUUGUCCCAAUCCAUACACAAACCGAAACAGAGCCAUCCUUUGACAUUUGCACUUCUCUGAAUCUUGCAAUGCAGCUCGCCAGGAAAGCAAUACAUUCAAAAUGCAUAUAUUGCUGUAAAGUACUCAUAUAAAUGCAUACAUUACUGAAAAGCAUUAUAAGAGGAGAAACUGAUGGGGCAUCUAUCCUCCCUGUUUCUUUUCCUAAAGGCUUUUUGCUGCCAUGACAGCCAUAUCUUCUUUGCAAAUAAUGCCCCUGGAAUGACUUGGUCUUCUUCCACUCCUAGGUUUAGUGUGGCAGUGGCCCUGGAAUGUGCUGGGUGCCUCUCCAACGUCUGCUAUCAUCAGUCUGAAGUGCAAACCCACAGCAAAUUUCUGUAUGGAGUUUGGUGACUGACUAGGGACGCCGGCUCCCUCGGCCAAUAAAGCGAGAUGAGCACCACAACCCCAGAGUCGGUCACGACUGGACCUAAUGGGCAGGGGUCCCUUUACCUUUACCUUUUUAGGGAUGGAGGAGCAAAUUGAUACAGUUUACAUUUAAAGCCAAAUCUAUUCAAUUCACAUGCUCUGAAACAAUAUGAAAGCCGAAACACAGACAUCCUUCAAAAUAUGCACUCAUCUGGAUUUUAUGAUGCAGUUCCCCAACCAAACAGUGUUUACAAAAACACAUAUAUUUAAAGGAAGUGUGCUUAAAUAGGAAUAUAUUAGUGAAAAUAGCAUGCAAAAGUGCAGGCAAAAUGUGUUCAAAAUUGCAUACAAAAAUAUGUUUGAGGCUGGAGGAACACUGCCCAGCUGUGAGGCGUGAAGGCUGCUCCCUGCAAGGCCCUUUCCACCUGACCUAGGGGGCUGGGCCCACACUCACCAGCCCCACUGAAGAGGCUCCUCAUGAGGUCGGAGGAACAUCACCCGGCUAGUUUUAUUGAUUGAUUGAUUUUAACAUGCUGUACCCCGCUUUGACAUUUUUAUUAAAAAUAUAAAUAAAUAAUUGUUUAUUAGGAGACAUUUGCACUAAAAUGUAAUAAUUUUUUUAAGUUUAAAAAAAUGCAACUUGCCGUAGAAGCAUGGGACUUUAAGAAUGGAAACAUGAGAAACGGAGAGAACUGAAAUUGCCAGAUCCUUCCAUCCCUAUGGCUGACCAAAUAAUUUAGAUUCCACACUCAGCCCCCCAUGAAAUCAUUGGAGAGGUGAUUGGUUGGACACCUUGGUUCACUGUGAACUUUGUUGCCCAAAGGCUGUUGGAAAUACUCUCUGUGGUUUUCAAACGACAACUGUUUCUCCUUCUAGGACACGUGUUCAACAUGCCCCAUGACAACGUGAAGGUCUGUGAGGAGGUCUUUGGAAGGCUGAGGACCAACCACAUGAUGUCGCCCACUCUUAUCCAGAUUGACCGCAUCAGCCCUUGGUCGGCUUGCAGCGCUGCCAUCAUCACUGACUUCCUGGACAGCGGACAUGGUGAGCAGGGGAUAGGGAGUAGGUAGGUGAAAAGGGGCGAGCGAAGGAGGUAUUUGGGUGCCAGGACUGGGUGCCACCCUGUGUAUUGCUUUGUUGUCAAAGCUAGCCAGAAUUAGGAGGUACCUUACUUUGAAAUUUGCUGGGCAUCCAUAGCAGCGAAUGCUAAAUAGUUUCAGUCACAAACAUGGAGGCAAAGGGGAGCUUAUAGGAGCGUUCUUCCAGGCCUGAAGGAUAGCAAUGGAAUGGCAUGUCUGGAAGACCAAGGAGAUUGGUUAGGCCAAAGCUUCUGCUCUGCAGUUCCCAUUCUUCUUCCUGGCAAUAAUGAAGGCUGGAGCUUAUGAAGAGAAAACAUAUGGAGGCUACUGAGUGCAGCAUUUGUUUUUUUCCACCGCCAGUGAACUGAGUCCUCCUUGCCUUUUGGUUGUCAUCCAGUCAUGGCAUUUGAUAUGAGUGCCAAUCUCUCCCCGCCUCCUGCCUCCAGACCACCGUUUGAUCAGAAGCUGCCGGGAAGAUUGACAUAUAAGGCACCACCUUUCUAUAGAGCUGCCGCUGAAUUUUGCCCAAAGUGUAAUUUUAAGGUGGAUAUUGGAGGUUCCUCCUCAGGUAAAGCCCCUGGUGGAUUUUGAAGUCUCCUGCUCAGGUGGAGCACCCAACCAUUUCAGUAAGGUUCUGCAGAUCUCUACAGACUUUGGCCCACAGAAAAUAUGAAUGCGUAUUAUUGGUCAAACAGUACACUUUGCGUGCCAUCCUUUGUCCCUUGCCAGCACUGCUGGGGAUCGAAGAGCUGGUGAAGGAAGCCUUUAUUUAUUGCACAAAGUUGCUGGGACCUGGGCUUAGAAUUGCCAAAGGAUUUUGCCUAAAGUGAAUCUGAAGGUGCUUGCUUGAGAAAAAACAUCUGAGACAUUGCCGGUCAAUCAAAACCUUUUAUCAAGGUUAGGGGAACUUCUCCAGUGAGUUCUGUACAUCACUACCAUGUUAUUGUGCAGUCAAAAUGGUGGUGUGGCUCUGCUUUUAAUGAGUGUGAGGCAUGAGGCCUCAGCAAAUGAUGGACCUAGAGAACAAGGGACGUCAGAGAGGCUUCAGUCCAACUGCCUCCAAGGUUGGAGUCAUCAAGCACUGACCCAGAUGACUUGGCCUGCUCCUCUGGUUUUGUUAAACAGUUUAUACCGGGAGGGCUGCAAGUCUUUAAAAAUGUAAAACCUGAAUGCUGCUUGAAACAGCUGUGUUACCAGAAUUGUGUUACGACAGCUCAGCUGAAGUUCUGUUUCACUGGUUUUUGAAGCCUUCCUAUAUUAAUUUAAUUCGUGAGAUUUUUACAUCCCCUUCCAAUACAGAUGUCCAUAGCAGUAUACUAUAUAAUACUGCAAGUCAGAAACACCAGAUCAACUAAUAAUCUAUUUAUUUAUUUUUUAAAAUGUUAUAAAAGUAAAAUGGACAAGUAAGCAAUCAGCAGAUGGGGGAAAGCAUUUUAGCAGACCCAGUUGGUUGAAAGCGCUGCAGUAAAGGAAGGUCUUACCUGCUCCUGGAAGGAAGGCCUUACUGGGCUUUGGUGCAUGUGAGUGGGAAUGGGGAGCUGGUUCCCCUGACUCUUUUCCUGCCAGCUCCGAUUCAUGUUUGUAGGUGUAAGAUGGUAUAGUCCUUCGAGGUCUGUACCACCUCCAUUUUGUAGAUGAUGAUUCAAAACAUGAGACUUUGUUGCAUCAGAGAGACAUACAAUCCCAAAACAACUUCUUGAUGAUGCGAGAUUUGCCAUUUAAAAAAAUAAAAACAAAUCAGGGCCUUUUUUUUUUUUUUUAUAGAAACAGACUCAUCCCAAGAUGGAACUGGCCAUCUCUGGAUUGAGCAAUCUAUUUAUUUGAGCUAGUAUUGCAAUUUAGGGCAGAGUUCCCUCGACUGAGACUGCAAGUUCCAUAUGGACUGUCACCUUUAAAAUGCACUUAAUUUAUUUCCUUUGUAGCUCAUCUUUACUGGAAUUCAAGGAGAGGUUCCUAGAGUUCUUAGGUGGUUCCUCAUGUGGGAACCCCUGCCUUAGUUUCAUGUGACUUGAGACCACAUCCUGGAACGACAUCCACAGAGCUGAGCUGAGGAACCUCCAGAUGCAAUUCCCACCACUCCUGGCCACUGGCUAGGCUGGCUGGGGUUGAUGGGAGCUGGAGUCCAAAAGCAUCUGAAGGGCCACAGAUUAGCCACUCUUGCCAUAUUUGGAUACAAAGCCUUUGACUUACAUUCACUGGUCUUGAAUGUCUCACUGGCUUCUUUUCACAGAAUUGCAGAGUUGGAAGGGACCCUCUGCUUAUCAACCUCCAAGGAAGGAAAGUCCACAACCUUCUGAGGGAGUCCAUUCUGCUGCUGAACAGCUCUUACUGUCAGAAAGUUCUUUCUGAUGUUUAGCCAGAAUCUCCUUUCUUGUAACUUGAAUACAUUGCUUCAGGUCCUAGCCUCUAGAGCAGGAGAAAACAAGCUUGCUUCAUCCUCCACGUGACGGCCUUUGAGAUAUCGGAAUAUGGCUAUACAUAUCUCCUCUCAUCCAGGCUAAACAUAUCCAGUUUCCAGACCCUUGACCAUCUUGGUCACCCUCCUCUGCACAGCUUCCAGCUUGUCAACAUCCUUCUUAAACUGUGGCGCCAGAACAGGACAUAGUAUUUCAGGUGUUCAGGUAUUCUGACCAAGGUAGUAUAGAGCAGUGCCCUUGAUCAUCAUCAUCAUCAACAUCGUCAUUAUUUGUUGAAUUUAUAUACCGCAGGUCUCAUAAUCAUGUUGAAAGUGAUCUGAUUUUCUGUACAGUCCCUCUGGGAGCCGUUCUGUACGACAUCUGCGACAUACAUCCAAUGGAGCUGUGUGCAGGCGUUAGCAGAGUUCGGCAGAAAGCCAGACUGUUUAGGAACGUGGUAAAUUAUUUUCUUGGGGAAGCUGUCAAAAUCUAUGAAGUCUCUCUUUUGCUGACUCCCUCCCCGUUCCCCUCCUCUCCCUCCCUCUUCCAGGCGACUGCCUCUUGGAUGAACCCACCAAGCCCAUCCCACUGCCUGAAGACCUCCCUGGUUCCAACUACAACCUCAACCAGCAGUGUGAGCUGGCCUUUGGCAUGGGCUCCAAGCCCUGCCCAUACAUGCAGUAUUGCACCAAGCUGUGGUGCACAGGGAAGGCACGGGGACACAUCAUGUGCCAGACUCGCCAUUUCCCUUGGGCGGAUGGCACCAGCUGUGGAGAAGGGAGGUUCUGCCUGAAGGGUGUCUGUGUCGAGAGGCAUAACAUCAGUAAGUACCGGGUGAGUACCUGUUGGCUCCGUACUGAGGAUGUGGUUUGGGGAGGGCUGAUAUCUGUGGAGGUCUAGACCUGGGUAGGCAAACUAAGGCCCGGGGGCCAGAUCCGGCCCAAUCGCCUUCUAAAUCCGGCCUGCGGACGGUCUGGGAAUCAGUGUGUUUUUACAUGAGUAGAAUGUGUCCUUUUUAUUUAAAAUGCAUCUCUGGGUUAUUUGUGGGGCCUGCCUGGUGUUUUUACAUGAGUAGAAUGUGUGACUUUAUUUAAAAUGCAUCUCUAGGUUAUUUCUGGGGCAUAGGAAUUUGUUCAUUUUUUUCCUUCAGAAUAUAGUCCGGCCCCCCACAAGGUCUGAGGGACAGUGGACCGGCCCCCUGAGGAAAAAGUUUGCUGACCCCUGGUCUAGACUUAUGUGUUACAAAGCUCUAAAUCAUGUAAAUGAAACAGAUGUGUGAAACACAUCUUAGCCUCUUCCAUUGACUAAACCGAGGGCUUUAGAGAAUUUGAAUCUUUGACAGGCUUCUGAGAUUUCACUGGCCAUCACUGACACGCUUCCUCUUUUACAGGCGUAACAGCUAGAAACUUGCUUUAAACAAACAAACAAACAAACAAAAACAAACAAACCCUAAAAGCUGAGCUUCUCAAAACGCUGAAUUCUCCACCCAGUAUUAACUGCAUGCUUGCACAGAAUCAAGGAGUUCACAAGUUCUGCAUGAAGGGGUUCCCCAGAGGUAGUGAUGCUAGAAACCUAUCCCUUUUCUUUCCACUGAUUUUUAUUUAUUUAUUUAUUUGCCAUUGUAUGUUUGGGAUGCUUAGCAGCGAGAGCAGAUUGCAAUUUGUGCAGUGCUGAUCUCAAUCCUUGCUCCACGUUGCAUGUGCCUGAUUUUUGUUGGAGGGGCACACAAUUAAGGUUGAAGUGGAUUGGUCGAUGGAUCAAUUGAUCACAUUUGCAUUGGAAUAAAAACAGCUUCCGAGCAGAAAGCAGUGUUGCAUGCUUGUGCCUUAGCAGGCAGGCAUCAGAAGAGGCAUUGCCUCUUGUGUGAGGAAGAAGGGGUGCUACUGGAGAGGAUGCUUGCCAUCUGCAGACUUUUACAGUGGUUUAAGAACAGCUUAGUUUAUGAACAACUUGGAUUAAGAACACUGCAAACCUGGAAGUAGGUAUUUUGGUUUGUGAACUUUGCCUUGGAAGCAGAACAUGUUCUGCUUCCUGUUGAGUGUGUUCCAUUUGUAAAUUGAGUCCCCUGCUGCUUUGGGAAAGCAUGCCUUGGUUUAAGAACGCUUUGGUUUAAGAACGGACUUCAUAAACCAAGGUACCACUGUACAAUGAUUGCAUCAGCACCAUCAUCCGGAGUACCAGAGUACUAUUUUAGCCCAUCGCAAGGGUUUAAAUUAAUUACAUAUUGAUUUAAUUACAUAAUGAAUUUUCAUAAUUGCAUGUCAUCAGGGCUUUUUCACUCAGUUCCGGCACCUGUCAGGUGUUCAUGAUGAGUUCUGGCACCUCUUUUUCAAGAAAAAUAGCACUGCAUGUCAUGUCAUCUACAAGUGUGGCCAUAUCUGGACCAGGGAUGGGGAACCUGUGGCUCUCCAGGUGUUGCUAGACUACAACUCCCAUCAUCCCCUGGUCAUUGGUUGUGCUGGCUGUGUCUGUUGGGAGUUGGAGUCUGACAUCUGAAGGGGGCCACAGGUUACCCAUCAAUGCAAUGCAAGAUUGAAUUGUUGGGCACUGCAUGAGCAACUGACUUGAUUAAUUGCUUGCUGCCUUGCUUUCUUGUCCUUUGCUUGCAGAGCAGGAGAUAAUAUUAUUGAAGCUACUGACUACAUAGAAGGGCGUUUUGCACAUGCUCAAAAGAUAGCCUUUUAUUGCUUAACAUGGCUUGAGCAAACCAUGGCAUACAAAGUUCAUGUUGUUGUUGUUGUUGUUUUUAUCAAGGCUAGUGAAAAAUUCUAACUAGAAAUGUGAUGAAUAUAAUUAAGCUGUGGUAUUGGCUGUGGGUUUCACGUCUGCCUCUCUGUGGUGUGCCUUGGCAGGUGGAUGGCAACUGGGGGAAAUGGGCGCCCUAUGGCCAGUGCUCUCGGACCUGUGGCGGAGGAGUCCAGCUGGCAAAGCGGGAAUGCAACAACCCGCCCCCUGCCAAUGAAGGGAAGUACUGCGAAGGAGUGAGAGUGAAGUACCGCUCCUGCAGUCUGGACCCCUGCUCUGAUUCAGGUGAGCUUUGCAAAGGGGUGGGCCUGGCUGAGAGCCAGCGAAUGGUCUGAGACCACCUGAGGCUGCAGCUUGGGUGGAGCCAGUGAAUGGUUUUGGAGCAUCUUCUUGCCACCUGCACCAGCUUCUGCUGCCACCACCACCACCAAAUGAUUGACAAUGCCUGUCACUGGACAGCAAUGUGUGGACUGAACUUUUUGUGACUGUUGCUUUAUGCAUAUUUUAAUUUUGCAGUUGUUUUAAUUACUUAUUUAAUUUUGUUGUACAUUGCCCUGUGCUAUGUUUGAAGAAGAGUGAUUCAGUAAUAAUAAUAAUAAUUAAUAAAUAUCUGAGGCUGAAGCACCGAUGAAUCUAAGCAGAUGAUGAGACAGGCAAAUCCUGGAUGAGAGACUUCUGGGGGGAAAUAAAUCACAAGAGCAGGAUAUAGUAAAAGCAAACAUAUAGUAUAUGAUUUCUCAUAUUAAAAAUAUACAGGAAAUGAAACUCAGUGCUAUUUUUUCCAAAUAAAUUUUUAUUAGUUUUCCAAUAUUCCCCCAACAGUAGCUGAAUUAUAACAAUGUCAAAACUCAGUACAGUGGUACCUCGGGUUGAGUCUUAAUUCGUUCCGGAGGUCCGCUCUUAACCUGAAACUGUUCUUAACCUGAAGCACCACUUUAGCUAAUGGGGCCUCCUCCUGCUGCCGUGCCCCGGAGCACGAUUUCUGUUCUCAUCCUGAAGCAAAGUUCUUAACCUGAAGCACUAUUUCUGGGUUAGCGGAGUCUGUAACCUGAAGCGUAUGUAACCCGAGGCACCACUGUACUUUGUUGGUCCCUUGCAGUCAUUCCAAACUGUACCUUAAAUACCAGACUCUGACCAUUGGGCCACGCUCUCUGGGGCUGAUGGGAGCUGCAAUCCAACUUCACCUGGAGGGCAACAGGUUCUUGUAUCCCUGCUCUGCCUAUGUAAACUCAUUUAUACGACAUGCUUCUUUUAUGAGACUUUGGCCCUCCUUCAAGUGUAACCUGCAUCAUAUAAUGCAUGCAGCAAAGUGACCUGCCUUCUUCAAAACAAUGGUCACUUGGAGGAGACCCUAAAUCAGGGGCAGGGAAGGUGUCGGAGCAUCUGCUUUGCAUGCAGAAGGACCCAGGUUCAACCCCUGGAGACUCCAGGCUGGGCUGGAAACACUUCUGUCUGAACCCUGGAGAGCUAUGUAGGCAAUACUAAACCCAACAGACCAACAGUCUGAGUUAAUAUAAGGCAAGCUUCCUUUGUUCCUUUGGACAACUCCAGCUCCCAUCAGCCCAAGCAAGCAAUAGCAAUAGCCAGAGAUGAUGGGUAUUGUAGUUCAACCACAUCUGGAGGGCCACAGGCCUCAAAGAUUUUUCUCUUUUUUUUUUAUAUAUAAUUUUUUAAUUGAUUUUACAGACAAAUUUUAUACAAUACAAACAAAUAAAAAGACAUACAAACAUGUAUAGUUUCAUAACCUUUUUUUUCAUAACCCUCUCUUCUCGGACGCCGCCAGCCUCCCCAGCCAACAACCCAAAUUCCAAAAAUAUUUAAGCAAAAUCUAAAUAAUUUUAUAAAAUAUAUUUUUCUUAUUUUUUUAUUGAACUUAAUCUUAUGUCGCUGUAAUCUCCUUUUCUUUCUCCAAACCUCGACAUUUUAACAUUCCUCAAUUUUAUGAUAGUUCUUUAGAUAGAUUUUAAAUUUCUUCCAAUCUUCUUCCACCGUCUCUUUCCCCUGCUCACGGAUUCUGCCAGUCAUCUCCGCCAAUGUCAUAUAGUCUAUAACCUUCAUCUGCCACUCUUCCAAGGUGGGUAGUUCUUCUGUCUUCCAAUACUUUGCGAUGAGUAUUCUUGCUGCUGUCGUAGCAUACAUAAAAAAAGUUCUGUCUUUCUUUGAUACCAAUUGGCCGGCAAUGCCCAAGAGAAAGGCCUCUGGUUUCUUCAAGAAAGUACAUUUAAGUACCUUUUUUAAUUCAUUAUAUAUCAUUUCCCAGAAAGCCUUAAUCUCCUCAAAGAUUUUUCUCAACCACUGCCUACUAUCGUGAGCAUGUGUGAAAUAGACAUGGCAGGUCAAACACUGGGGAUGGCUCUGACACUCAGCGGAGAGUCGCUACAUGAUGGCAUAACCUGAUAACUUGUUUGCAUGUGUGAAUCAGCCCCAAAGGGUUGUUUCUUUUUCUUUUUUUAACUGCAUGAAAUUGUUUUCACACAGUCCCCGGGAAGAGCUUUCGGGAAGAACAGUGUGAGGCUUUCAAUGGCUACAACCACAGCACAAACCGGCUCACGGCCACAGUCUCUUGGGUCCCCAAGUAUUCCGGAGUGUCUCCUCGCGACAAGUGUAAGCUGAUCUGCAGAGCGAAUGGAACCGGGUACUUCUACGUCUUGGCUCCUAAGGUGAGUUGGGAUCCCAAACCGUGGUCUCUUUGGUAAAUUGGGAGAGGAAGGCCGAUGUGGGGGCAAUGGCUGUUUGCAGAAGGGGAAUUAUAUGCAGUGCAAAAUUUAAUCAUCAAUAAUGUGUUUCUGCAAACUUUCAACUAAGAACCAAUGAGAAUUAAUAACUGGAAAGAACUGUCAUCAGAGAAAGAACAUAUGAAGUUGUUUUAAUUAAAUGUUACUUGAAAUAGAAAUAAAUUUUCCCCCGUUGAGCUAAAUGGAGAUGCUCUGGAAUCACCUGAAUGAUGUGGAUCGUAAUCUGGAUUAGCGUGAAUCAUGCACUGUGGUCUAAACCACAGAGCCUAGGGCUUGCCGAUCAGAAGGGCAGCGGUUCGAAUCCCCGCGACAGGGUGAGCUCCCGUUGUUCGGUCCCAGCUCCUGCUCACUAGCAGUUCGAAAGCAUGUCAAAGUGCAAGUAGAUAAAUAGGUACUGCUCCGGCGGGGAGGUAAACAGUGUUUCCGUGCACUGCUCUGGUUCACCAGAAGCGGCUUAGUCAUGCUGGCCACAUGACCUGGAAGCUGUCUGCAGUCAAACGCCAGCUCCCUCGGCCUAUAGAGCGAGAUGAGCGCACAACCCCAGAGUUGUUUCCGACUGGACCUAAUAGUCAGGGGUACCUUUACCUUUACCUUACCUACAACCUAGCGAUGCUUCACUUGCCCUUAACCCCACACAUUUGGUACAGCUGGAGUGGAAUGCAAACACAACAUAAAGGGUGUGUCCCAAACCAUUCCAUCUUCAUGGGUGGAAGAUCGGCAUUCUGCAUUCCAGUACAAGUGUGCAUUGUGCUCUGCUAUUGUUCAGGACUAGUUCUGGUCAUGGUGCCAUUCUUUCAAGGGGAGUAUAAUAGCAUACCUGCCUUCCAACCAGAUGUCUGUGGGAAACCCGCAUGUAGGACCAGAGCACAAGAGCUCUCUCCCCUACUGUGAUUUCCAGCAACUGGUCUUCAGAAGCAUUGGUGCCCCCAACCAGGAAGUAGAGCAUGGCUAGUACUAGGUAGUACCUAGGUUGGUGGCCACUACUGCCUCCUGUUAAACUAUGUGUUGCACGAAUAAGUAUGUACUUUUAUCUGCCCAGGUGGUGGAUGGCACGCCAUGUUCUCCAGAUUCCACCUCGCUGUGCGUCCAGGGCAAAUGUAUCAAGGCUGGAUGCGAUGGGAGACUGGGCUCCAAAAAGAAGUAUGACAAAUGUGGCGUGUGUGGCGGAGACAACAAGACCUGCAAGAAGGUCUCUGGCUUGUUCACCAAACCCAUGUGAGUGAGCUUGUUCACCAAACCCAUGCAAAGCAGAUGCUCUGUCCCUGAGCUGUGGGAAAGUGUUGGGAAAGAGCCCUGCUUGAGAUCCUGGGGGGCUUUCUGUAGACAUUACAGAGCUACACCCAACAAAUGUCUGAUCCAGUCCAUAGGAGGCUAGACUGGAAUAAUGGGGAAUAAGCAUCAACAUUUAGAGUGGGGUGGUGGUGGUGGGGAGAUGCUGUUGGACUCCAAUUCCCACCAGCUGCAUCCAGUCAGGGAUGGUGGGAGUUGCAAAGCCACAUUGGCUACUAUUGCUGCCCAGCUUAAGACAUCUUCUGUAUGUUUAUUUUAAGCUUUCUUAGAGAGGGUGCAAUUUAUGUUGCAGAAUGACUACCAGCAUCUAGUUUAGAAUGGAAAUGUUGGUUUCAAGGCCAGUUUCAGCUGAUGCCCUCUUAUGGGGCUCUUGGAGGGCAGGCAGUGGCUCUCUGAUUAGCACUGGAAGGUGAGCCUCCAUUUAAAUUUCCCACAAUGCCCUAGAAUGACAGUCAUACUAUACAUUUAAUGUGCUAUGAUACUACUUUAAACAGUCAUGGCUUCCCUCAGGGAAUUCUGGGAGAUGUGGUUUGCUAGGCAUUUUUAUGAAACCCCUAUUUCAUUCCCAGAGUUGCAGUUCCCAGAGUUCCCUGCAAAGAGGGAAUGAUUGUUAAACCACUCUGGGAAUGGCAGAUCUGUGACGGGGUCUCCGAACAACUCUCAGCACCAUUAACUAAGGACAGUUCUCAGGAAACUUUGGGUGGGAAGGAGUCAUGACUGUUUAAAGUAGUAUCAUAGUGCUCUAAAUGUGUGAUGUCAGCCUCCUGACACCAAAGGCUCACAGCAGGCCUGGGGGGGGGGGUGGUGCUAGGAUGUAGUCUUCCCAUCAACUGCUUGAGGAUGCGGUUGCUAAUUCUUGGCGCAACUGGCUCAAAAACUUCCAUCCUGAGAUAUUCUGAGACUGAGUUCUGCACUCUAUGCAAGGCCUAUGAUGUGCAAACUUGCUAACUUGUAUCACAUCUAAUCCCCCCCCCCUUCUCAUCCAGGCAUGGCUACAACUUUGUGGUGCUCAUCCCAGCUGGAGCUUCCAGCAUUGACAUCCGGCAGCGGGGCUACAAGGGCUUGGUCAGUGAUGACAACUACCUGGCUGUGAAAAACGGGCACGGCAAAUACCUCCUGAACGGGCAUUUCAUCGUCUCAGCAGUAGAGAGGGACCUGAUGGUCAAGGGGAGCGUGUUGCGCUACAGUGGAACCGGGACAGCUGUGGAGAGCCUCCAAGCCUUUAUGCCCAUCCAGGAACCAUUGACGGUGGAAGUGUUGUCCGUGGGGAAGAUGACCCCGCCUCGCGUCCGAUACUCUUUCUACUUGCCCAAAGAAAGCAGGGAGGACAAGUCCUCAUACCGCAAAGAUGGGAAGCGCCCGCCAGUCCUCACCAACAGCAUCCUCACGCUCUCCAACCGCCUUGAUCCCGGCAGACCGGAUUACAAACGCCCCUCUUACAAGUGGGCCACCACCAGCUGGGAAGACUGCUCGGUCACCUGUGGCAAUGGGCUGCAGAAGCGCAUGGUGCAGUGUCGCGAUGCCCUUGGCCAGGCGGCCUCUGCGUGUGAUGCCACUCAGCGGCCCACUGACAUCAGGAUAUGUGGGGACCCCUGCCCGGUGUGGGAGGCCUCCUCCUGGUCGCCAUGCUCGAAAACAUGUGGCCGGGGUUUCAAGCGACGCAUGCUGAAGUGCAUGGGCAGGGGGGCCGUCCUGCUGCCCCGCGACCGCUGCAACCUCAGGAAGAAGCCACAGGAGCUGGACUUUUGCACCCUGAGGCCGUGCUGA